AUGCAGGUUUCUAUUCUCGACUGCCCAACAGAGAUCCUUUGGAUUAUAGCUAGCAUCUUGCAGGGAGGCGAUAUUUCUGCUCUUGCUCGAACACACCCAACACUUUAUCCCAAGCUACGCCUCACCCUGAUAAAAUAUAAUAUCAGGCACCAAAACAGCUCUGCGCUUCACUGGGCCGCUAAAACCAACAAUCGCGCCUUUGCAAAGACCUUGCUUUCCUACCGAGCCGACGUAGAUGCGAUGGUCAAUGACUUUUCUCCUCUCAUGACCGCCGCUAAACAUGGCUCAGAGCGGGUUACCAAUCUCUUACUGCGCAAGAGAAAGUCGCGUGUGAAUAUGAGAAAUGCGAACGGCAUGUGUGCUCUGUGGUACGGCGUGGAAAAAGGGUCUUCUGCGGUCGUGAACCAGCUACUUCAACACUCUUGUAUUAAGAUCGAUCUUCCAAAUCGUGAGGGCCAAACAGCGCUCUGGCUUGCCGUGUUCAGGGCUAACAGAGACUUGGUGAGCCUGCUACUCUCAAGAGGCGCUAAUCCCGAUACCAUUGACCGGUAUGGGAUAUCGCCAUGGAUCCAGGCAUGCAUCAGGGACAGGAACUCCAUCAAAUAUCUACUUCUAGAUCACAUGAAAGCUGAGUCCCCUAAGCUACUCUCGAAGGAUAGUGUCUUUUCCGGGAAUGGAAGGACGAUAUGCGAGGGCAGCCGUCUUUACGGAGAAAGCCAAAGUCGGCUACGAACCAAGCGUGUGAGAUUUGCCCAUAUUCAGGAAUAA